GUUACUCGGAAGGGGUCAUCCUCCCACAGACAUAUCUCAGCCGGCAUCAACAGACACACACGUCCCAAUUCCAAUCGGAUGGUUCCUUGUCCCAGAAGGAUGGUUGGAGGCGGGGACAGGUCAGCAUCGCCCGGGAUAGUCGACCGAGGUCGACCAUCCACGAGUACUGGCAAGCUAAACGCCUUUCUUCAUCUUGGAUUUAGUUGUGUGAUGAAGAAAGGAAAGAAAAAGGAAAGGAAGAGCGGAAACACUCGCGCGAGAAGAAAAACGAUUCUCCUCGGCAAGCGGCCGCUCUGUUGUUCCGAGUGCACGUACCGCCCGGAGAUGCUAGUCUGUUUCCGGCCUCGGGGAAACAGCUUCCCGCGGGCAACGGAGCAGCAGCAGUUGUCCGACAAGCUGAUAGGAAGCGCAACUGGCUUGUCGCCUUUUGUCCCUCGCUGCUCGCUGCGUGCCUCGCUCCUCUCCCCGUCUCCCCCGUCUCUUAUAAUUCCGGGGAAAGAACCUCGCUUCCUGUUCGACUUUUCCGAUUGUCGCGUGUCUCGAGGUCUUGACUGAUCAAUUCGUUCGACUCUUCUUUCCCCCUACCCCAAUCUCAGACCUUCACCAUCCACUACAUCACACCACACUCCACACAUCAUGUUGGGUCGUUGCGGACGACAGGCUUCGCGCCUGCUCCCGCGCACUGCGAAGCCGGCUUUCGUGCUCCCUCGUCCCAUGCGCUCGGCGGUGGCUCCUUUUCCUUCUAUGACU